AUUGCUCUUUUGGGAAUGGGCUGGGAAAGAAAACCGGGAAGAGGGCUAGCUUUUUUCACAUGAGUAGUUAGUUAUCCUCAUCGUGGUAAUUAGGCCCAGGGUGAAGGGAGAUGGACAUGAUGAUAUUCAUGCGUGCUUGCGUUAACGCGUAUGUAUUAUACGUGUGUGCUUGUACGUGCAACGCCGUGGUUGGCUUCUUGAAUUCCUAUGUUCCAAAGGCAAGGCCGAAACGGAGACGUCUCCGUGCAAGCAUACGCCAUGAAUGGCUGACGCAUAAUUGCGUACGUACCCCCCUGUCGUUUUGGGUGCGGUGGGAACUUGGGAGUUGGAAUUACAAGUGUGUGUAUGUGCAUAAGUAGCGGGAACUACUAUUUUCCACGGAAACUCACUUGCACAACCGAUGGG